AUGAAUGCCACAAAGAGUGUUAUGUGCCAAUGUUGGCGCGAGGCAGCUCGAAGAUGUUUCCCGGGAGACAAAAUUAGGCCUCUCUAUUACCAACACUACCAAUACCAAUGGUUAGGAGCUGAGCUUGACAGAGCUAUUGCUUAUACGGGUGCCUACAAUUCAGAAAAUUCCGAUGCUAGUGCUGCUGCUGGUCCUGACGGUCCCAGCGCCAAAGGUCCCAACGCGAGCGCUUCUUCUGAGAGUAGCGCUUUCGGUGGCAUCACUGCUGGUGCUGCAGCGGGUCACAAUGGUGCUGCGGGUACUGGAACUGCUUCCGGAUAUGCAAGAAGCGGUACUAGUGGCGCCACCCCCAUUAGCCCUUGA